GCGCAUGACUGUAUCUCUCUGUGUCAUUAUGGUCGAGAUUACAAAUAACUUAAAGCUUUUACCUCUGAUAAUGCUGGUUCUUCUUAUCUCAAAGGCUGUUGGUGAUGCUUUUAAUGAAGGAUUAUAUGAAGAGCAGGCUAGAUUAAGGGCAAUCCCAUUACUUGAAUCUAAACCAAAGUAUCAAAUGCGUUAUGUGACGGCAAAGGAGGCAUGUGGGAAUCAAAAGGUUGUAUACUUCCCGCGGGUAGUGAAGGUGGCAGAUGUAGUUUCUAUAUUGAGGAGCAAUAACCACAAUGGUUUCCCUGUUGUUGACCACGCAAGAAGUGGGGAGACACUUGUUAUUGGACUUAUACUAAGAAGUCAUUUAUUGGUGCUUCUACAAUCAAAAGUUGAUUUUCAGCAUAGCCCUUUACCCUGUGAUUCAAGAGGUGAUCUCUUGCCAAUCAGGCACAACCUUAGUGAAUUUGUGAAACCCGUUUCUAGUAAAGGGAUAUCUCUCCAUGAUAUUCAUUUCACCCUAGAUGAUCUGGAGAUGUACAUUGAUCUAGCCCCAUUUUUAAACCCGUCUCCCUACGUGGUCCCAGAAGACAUGUCAUUAACCAAGGUUUAUAAUCUUUUUCGUCAACUAGGACUGAGGCACUUACUUGUUGUUCCACGUCCUGCUCGUGUUAUUGGCGUGAUCACUCGAAAAGAUCUGAUACUUGAGAAUAAUGAUGAUCCGGCGGCCUUAGAGCUCCAAUCCACUAGUGUAAG